AAGAAUGAUUUAAAACUUGUUUGUCUCGUCAGUUUGGUUGUUGAAACCGAGGAAUGAUUUUUAUAGUUUUCAUUGAAAAAAUGGCGGCAGUCAUGGAAUUCAUUUUAUCUAUUUUGCUGUUAUCUGCGACUGUGCGUUCGGAAGAACCAGCUUGGUAUAUUUCAGGUGUUAACGUUGGACCUGGAAACCCUGUUGAUAGAGACUUAACGAGCCACCCGCAUAGUGUUCCAUGCGCUAACAUGACCUGGUGGCAAUUUUCAAAUACAGUUGAGUAUUAUUGGGACGCGAAUCUCCGGGAACGGGAACCUUACUUUAUAUCAGGAAUCAAAAUACAUCGCAAUAAUAACACAGCUCGUGAAAGGCUAUAUGGAUUGAUAAUUAAGACUUAUUUUAAACGUUGGAAAACUGUGUUUGCAGACAAUGAAACGCACCUUUCGCGGUGCACAGAAUAUCAUGAACGAAAGGACAAACCGCUGGUAUGUAAAGAUAUAAUAGAUGUCGCAUUGGAUCCUCCUGUUCAAGCUACACUUGUUAGACUGAAAUUGAAAUCUUACGUGACCAUCUGUGCGGUAGAAAUCAUAGCAGUCGCCUGCACACAGCCACAUGUUCCAAAUGGUAGCACGAAUGCUACUGCUAAAUCCUUUACUGGAACCCACAUACACCUGCACUGUGUUUCGGGUUAUAUUUCAAGCACACCGACCUCAGUAUGCACUUCUCAAGGCACAUGGCAUCCUAAACCAGGAUGUGCUAAAGGAUGCAUGGUACCAGAUCCAUUUCCUAACGGGAAAUAUAUUAAUUCCAUCUCCGAAGCCUUAGUUUCUGGCACCGCUGUGCCCGUAAAUUUUGAAAUCAUAGGAACGUGUUUGCCAGGUUAUUCUUCUAUAAACAACAACGGGAAUACUAAGAGAAUAUGCGCUGAUCAUCAAGUAUGGAAUGGACCAGAAUUGACAUGCAUUUCAAGGAAUUGCCGAUAUCCUAGUUUACCCCAUGGCUUCUAUCACAAUCAAAAGGUACCUUUUUACGGUUCAAAACCACUCGGAAGUGCAGUCAUUCCACAUUGCGACGAUGUUUAUUAUCUUCGAGAACAUGGAUCAAGAAAUUGUUUGGUGAACGAGACAAGGUCAGUUAACGACCCAGAGUGUAUACCUAUCAUAUGUCAUCAACGUCCGCAAAGCCAUCGCAAUGGAUUUUUCCUCCCAAUACAACAACAAUUGAUCCAACAUCAAUUCCAGUAUGGUUUUACAUUUGUCCCUCAGUGUAAUACGGGUUUCAAGCUUGUGCAUGGGAGUAAUAGAACGUGUUCUGAAUUUAACGUCUGGAAAGGGGGUACAGACAGAUGUGACAGAGUAUUAUGCGCCGUGACGGCACUCGUAAAUGGAUUCUAUACAUAUGUUCAGCAGAGAUAUUUCAAUAAAACAAUAGAAUACGAUUUAUUUAUCAGCCCAAGAUGCAAUAAAGGAUACCAUUUAAGCAACAGUGAUGAUCGCAAAUGCCAAGAAAAUGGCGAACUAAGUGGAGUUAAUCCAUUGUGUGAAAUAGAUCGAUGCAACUCGUUCGGACCUCUUUCAAACGGAACACUGAGGUAUCAAAAUAGCACAUUGACAUUAAAUCAAGCACUUGACUAUAACACAAGUGUAUUUUCGGUAUGUAAUAAAGGUUUCGAACUUCAUGGUUCUGCUGAGCGCAAGUGUCUUGAGAAUGGGUCUUGGUCAGGCAUUUCACCAAUUUGUGAAAAGAUCCGGUGCAAAAUUCAAACUAUUAUUAAAGAUUUAUAUCAACAAAACAGGAAAGAAAUCUUUUUUGGAGACAAAUUUGCUGCUGUAUACAACAGCGACCAUUUCCAUCUGGUGAAUGGUUCUUUAUACAUGAUUUGUGAACACGACGGCAGCCUUAGAUGGGCUACACAACAACCAUUUCUCGCUUCUAUAUGUAAAGUGCAAAAGAACGGCCAUUUUCGGGCAAACACGAGAGAUUGCAUGGUCGACGAUAAGUGUGAAGUAGGAGAAACGAUAACGUUUGAAUGUAGAGAAGACUACCAAAUGGUGCAAAUAAGUGCUACCUGCCUUCCUAAUCACACAUGGAGCUCUGAGCCAAUUUGCACACCACUGUCUAAACCAACAUCCAGUGGAGUUAUAAUUGGUGGGGCUGUAGCAGUGGGCGUGGCUGUAAUCGCGAUUGUGAUAGCCGUACUGUUGUUUCUGAACAGAAGGAAACUACGUAAUAGCGAAACAAAAACGCGAUACGAAAAAGCAGAUGAACCAAAGGAUGAAUUGAAUGUUUAUUCUGAAAUCAGUGAAACACACAAGACUGAUCGAAAAAAAGAAUCAUCUGUUUCAGUAGAAGACACUGCAGAAUGUGCAUACGUGUUUAACACGAUUGCUGUAGGCAAAGACGAAUAUGCUGCGAAUCCUAGCGAUCAGUCCUAUUACAGCUUUGAAAGCAGCUAUAACAUGCCGGUUACAGCAAUUAAAGUAGAAGACUUAUACGACGUUGUUUUAGGAUCGGAGCAUGGUGUUACAAUGAAGAAACAGUUUCAGGAUUUUCCAAAGGGUUUAAAAGACGACUAUAGUGCAGCUCUUCAAGUACAAAACAAACCAAAAAAUAGAUAUAAACACAUUAAUCCAUAUAAUGACACAAGAGUUAUUCUGCCAACAGAUGAACGACACUCAGAUUACAUAAACGCCAGUUUCAUUAAUGGUUAUAACAAGACAUGUGCCUUCAUUGCGUCACAAGGCCCCACGGACGAGAUGCUUGUGGAUUUCUGGAGGAUGGCGUGGCAUGUUGGCUGCGGUAAGAUCGUCAUGCUUACAAACUUGGAAGAGGACAAAAAGAUGAAGUGUGUGCAGUACUGGCCAGACGAAGGAUGCAAAGAAUACGAGGACUUCUUAAUAACAAAUCGAGGGACAGAGUAUUUUUCGGACUUCAUCAUCAGGAAAUUAUCCAUACAGAAAACACAUGGGGAAGAAAGAAAGUUUAUCCAUUUUCAUUUCACUGCUUGGCCAGAUAAAAGUGUGCCAAAGUAUUCUUCGUCGCUUGUUCAUUUCCGUCAUAAAGUGGAAACCACCAUUGUUAAUGAAAACGGUCCGGUUAUUGUACACUGCAGUGCCGGGGUCGGACGGACGGGAACAUUUAUUGCUUUGAAUGUUCUAUCUGAACAAGCCGCCACGUUGGGAUAUGUAGACCCAGUGGGCUGUGUGAGCACUCUGAGGAAACAGAGGGUCGACAUGGUCCAAACGGAGGACCAGUACGUUUUUUUGCACAUGGCGCUUUUGGAGACAUUGAUGUUGUCCACGUCGGCUCUGCCCGCGUCAAAGUUCAUGGGAGCGUAUGAAAAACUUCUGGCUUCCGAUAAGACCCAGAGGACCCGGGAGAUUGAUGUCGAGUUUUCUAGGAUGAAGAAAAUGUCUCCCGUGGCUGAUGAAUGUCAAUACGUGAGCGCAAAAGAACUAAGAAACAGAAAUAAGAAUCGGUAUUCAAACAUUCUCCCAGUUGCUGACCACAUGCCAUAUUUGACUCCCUCCGGAAAGAGAUCUGAUCCUGAUUAUAUCAACGCUGUUUUCUUACCGGGCUACAAGAGGAAGGGAGCGUUCAUCGUCACCCAGACUCCGCUAGAAGCGACCAAGACCGACUUCUGGAGGUUGGUUGUUGAACACGAUGUCCAUACAAUCGUCAUGAUGAAUAACAAGAGUGAGAUGAAGGAAGAUGAAAUAUAUUGGCCUGAAAAUGAGGACUCGGAAACAUAUGAAAACAUGAUGAUUACCAAGACAGGCCAGGCUCGCGAAAAAGGAUUGAGAAAGAUUACGUUUGACUUGAAACGGUUUGGACAGACACGAAAACUUCAGCAAAUACAGUUUGAAAGUUGGCCUGAUGAUUCAGCGUUGCCUUCAUCCCCUAAAGAUGUCUUAAGCCUCCUUGAUUCAGUGCAGUUCUGGCAACAUCAAUCAGGAAACAACCCUGUUCUCGUGCAUUGCAUGAAUGGGGCAGACAGAAGCGGCUUGUUCUGUGUUGCGUCAACAGUCUUGGAGAGGAUGAAGAUUGAACAAGACGUUGCUAUUACCCAGGUCAUCAAAGAGAUGAGGAACUACAGGGAACAGAUUAUUCCCUCCGUGGACCAGUUUCAGUUUGUGCAUGAAGUAGUCAAGGAAUAUAUUCUGCAGAAUGAAACAUACUCCAAUUUCACCUACUGAGGUCGACGGGCUAUCAAUCAAUGGAACAAUAAUAUGGCAACCAUGGGCUUGUUUUGUUUUAUUUGGCUUAAACAAUAUUUAUUCAAAUAUUAAAGAUGCAAUUUGUAUAAAGUUUGAUCAUAAAUAUUAGGUGCGUGCAUGGGUAACAUUUCAUGAAAAGAAGACAUAUGACAUAUGCACAAAACAAUAAAUAUACAGAAUAGAGAAUUCGAAGUAAGCUUGAAAGCUUAUACUAUGUAUCGCUUCUGUUAUUCCGUAAGGCUGCUUUUAAUGGUGUAAAGGCUGUUUUGUUUAACCGAAUACUAACAAAUGAGAUAUGAAGAGCAAAAUGGGGGAUAUGAGGCAAAAUAUUGUACAGAAGAGGACGCAUUAAUAUGGAAAUAAUAAGAAUAUGAGAAAGGGAAAACGAAGAGAUAAUGGGAUGUGACAGGGUUUUUUUUAUUUAUACGUGUAUAAUGUUAAUGUUAUUUAGAUAGUUUGCCAUAUUUUAUAGUUAUAACAUAUUCGAUUGCUGAAUGAGCAUUUCAAGUUGGUGUACAUUUUUUAAAAUAUUUGCAAACAGUGAUGAAGCUAAAGCUUAAUGGGAGUCAUUUCGCCAUACUGUACUUGUUAGAUUGUCAUUGUCAUAAAAAGUUUCUAGUUUUUGUACAUAGAAUUGUUUCCGUGUUUAAAAAGCGAGAAAUACAAGUGCUCCCACUAAGCACCUCUCAAGUAUAGAUGCAUCUUUGACUGUUACUACAAUUAAAGGCAUAGAGGGUAAUUGUAUAGCUAUUAUCUUUUUUUUUUGCUUUGAAGUGUUUGAAUCGGAAAUAAGUUUAAUAUUUUACAACAGUUUCAAGUACUCCUUGAUAUUAACUUAUGUAUAUUUUCUUUGUUAAUAAAAUGUGUUAUGUGCAAAAUUUAGCUUUUUAAAGUGAGGUAAUAAGGACUUUUUCAUUUUUAAAAAUGCCGAGCAGUGUUUUUUUACCAAAAUCAAGUGAGAACAAUUAUAUUUUUCGAACGAUAUUGGUGGUUACUUUAAAUUCUGAAUAACAUUGAUCUUAAGGUAUGCGUGACGCCGUCGGCGAAUAUGCAUCAUGCUGAGGAAAAAUUAAUAAUUUCAUUUUUUGGCAAAGAGGUGUGCCUCAGAAGCAGGCAAUAGUGGUUAUUCUGAAAUGCGUUUGAAAGGUCUCACCAACUCAAUUACACUCGUACGCAUCAUGAACAAGUUUAUUUUCAUUACGUUCACAUACUAAUAUAUCAGUCCGAUUUUAGUGAUAACGUAAUUCCUCCACAGGGCUUUUUCGCCUACAACGUCACAAAAUUGUACAUAAUGUAUAUCACUUAUUUUAUGUCUAUAUGUCUAUAUUUGUUUAUUUAGAUAUGCGCAAUAAAUACUUUCAUUC